CCUUCUCUCACAAACCUCCUCCUAAUUCCCCACUCUCACACACUCACAGGAACAAGGUAAGUUCCCGUUAGAAUCAUAUCACAACAAAAACAAAACCCCAAAAAAAAAAAAAUAUGAAAAUGAAUUCUCUAUCUCUGAAAACAGCUCUAAUCUCCACUGCAAUUUUAUCAACAGCAAUGGCGCUGAAACUCACAGUACCAAUGGUUUCACAUUUCAUCCUCAACGAAGCUCCAACUAUCUGGAACUUCAUCCUCUCUUGCUUCACUCCACCUUACCUUUAUCUCCUUCUCAACCUCAUCAUCCUCACCAUCGUCAUCACUUCCAAAUUCCACAAUCAUCACCACCAUUCUCCGCCGGAGACACCUUUCGACGGAAUACCUUCUCCUGUUCCUGUUCCUGUUCAGAUCCCUGUGCCGGAGACACUUCAGAUCUCUGAAACCGCUACUCUAACGAACUACAACGGCUUCGUUUCUGAAGCUUCUGAAGGUUACCGUUAUGAACUGAAAACCGAUGAAACAGUUGCAGUAAGUAACGAAUCUAACGAUUCUGUUGCUUACGUCGCCGAUGAGAUUACUCCGGUGAAAACAACGGUUGUUGGAGUUGAGGACUCCGUUCAUGUUUCCAAUUUGCAGAAGAAAGUACCGUUGCAGUUCGCAUUUAACGAUGAGAAUGAGAAACCUCCGAUUUCAGCUAGGUCUAGUCACCGGAAAACCGUUAGAUCAAGUCCAGAAGGAGGAAAGGUGAAUGCGUUGAGAGUAGCGAAGACGAAGAAGCAGGAAACAUUGGAGAGUACGUGGAAGACGAUAACGGAAGGAAGAGCGAUGCCGUUAAACAGGCAUUUGAAAAAAUCGGAGACGUUUGAAUCACAGCCACGUCGUAACGGCGUGCCGUUAGCGGAUUUGAACGGCGGUGUCGGCGGAGGAAGUGGUCCGGUGAUGAAGAAAUCGGAUACGUUUUCCGGUAUGGAGAAGAGUACUUCUCCGGUGAGGAAAGAACCGUCGCUGAGUCAGGACGAGUUGAAUCGGCGAGUUGAAGCAUUUAUUAACAAGUUCAACGCGGAGAUGAGGUUGCAGAGACAAGAAUCGUUGAGGCAGUAUCGGGAGAUGGUGAACGGUGGUAGAACUUGUUGACGUGGCAGAUUAAUCCAACGGUCAUAUCUUGCUGACGUGGUUGAAUAAUCCAACGGUCAUGUUUUGCUGACGUGGUAGAUAUUAUCCAACGGUUUGAUUUUUUUGGGGAAAUGGGAAAUUCAUGGAGAUAACAGUGAGCAAGGGUUUAUUUUUAUUUUUGUUAUGUUACAAUUGGUUUGAGACAAAAAAAAAUUAUAUAAAGGUUUUUGGUAUUUUUGGGGGAAAUUAUUCAAUUUUCUUCCAACUGGAUUUUUUUUGUUCUUUAUGAUGUUAAUAGAGUGAUUUGGUUGCUAAUGCAACUUUUUGAAUUGCUUAUAACUUGUUACUAUUUA